AUGGCUGCUGCCACGGAUAGCAAACUGGAGACCGGGGGAGGUAAUGAAGAGGCAGCGGAGGAAGAAGGGGAGGAAAACAUCCUUUAUGACUUGCUGAUCACCACCGAGUGGCCGGCCGAGACUGAGGUGCAGCCAAGAGGCAACCGGAGACAUGGUGCAUCAUUUAUCAUCACUAGAGCAAUUACAGGUCCUGCCUUAUUUAUACUACAGUAUUUAUGGUAUAGUCCUGCAAAGUUUUCCCUUCCUGCUGGACUCGUCCGCCUGGUCAGUAAGCAGAUCAGCUGGCAUUUAGUGCUUGCAAGGAAUGGAAAACUGCUAGCAGCUGUUCAAGACCAGUGCAUAGAAAUAAGGUCUGCAAAGGAUGAGUUUGGGUCUGUCAUUGGGAAAUGCCAAGUUCCGAGGGAUCCUAACCCACAGUGGAGGCGUGUGUCUUGGAGUCAUGAUUGCACUUUGCUCGCCUAUGGAGAAAGUACUGGAACUGUCAGAGUAUUUGACUUGGUCGGCAGUGAACUUCUUGUCAUUUCACCGGGCUCUAGCUGUCCUGGAGACUUGACCUAUGCUAUAGCAGGAUUGAUCUUUCUGGAAUACAAAGCAAGCGCCCAGUGGUCAGCUGAACUGCUGGUCAUCAAUUACCGCGGGGAACUAAAAAGCUACCUUGUAAGUGUUGGAACAAAUCAGAGCUUCCAAGAGAGCCAUAGUUUCAACUUCAGAAGUAAUUAUGUCCAUGGAAUAAUGGCAGUAAUUUACCAUCCUGUACACCGUCUUCUGAUUAUAGGUGGCUGUGAAACAGAUAACGAUGGGGCGGGAGUGUCGAAAGCAGCCAGUUGUGGACUGUCGGCAUGGCGAGUUCUUUCUGGGUCACCUUAUUAUAAGGAGGUUACAAGCUAUGAAGAUGAUAUUGGAACUGUGAGUACCAGUUGUGCCAAGAGACGUUCUUUGUUCAAGAUUAUGAAUUUCAAAUUUUACAACAAACAAGGAACGGAGCAGGAUGGCGUCUUCAAAAUGAGCCUUUCUCCAGACGGCACUCGCUUAGCAGCAAUUCACUUCUCAGGAAAAUUGACCAUCUGGGGGAUUCCCUCUCUCAAGCAGCAAGGAGAAUGGGAACAAAAUGAUCAACCAGGUUAUGAUGACAUCAAGCCAGAAUGGAGACUCUCUCUUGAAAAGCGAAAGAGAAUUAAAGACAAAGCAUCUUUUUACCCUCUGAUAGAUGUAAACUGGUGGUCUGAGAGUGCUGUUAUUUUGGCUCGCGGUUCAGGCGCUCUGACAGUGUCCUCGGUGAAGACACUGAAAAACCUGUUAGGGAAGUCCUGUGAGUGGUUUGAAAGUUCCCCUCAGGUCACUUUGGCACAUGAUGGAGGAUUCCUAAGUCUGGAGUGUGAAGUAAAGUUGGCUCCGAAGAGAUUGCGCUUGGAGAGCAGACCUGGGGAUGAAGAUGGAGGAGAGGAUGACUCUGAUUCGGAUGAUGAAAGUUCCACCAAGGCCCAGUAUUUUGGCUACGUAAAGCAAGCCCUGUACUUUGUUACUGAAAUGGAGCGGUUUGCGCCUCCACGGAAACGUCCACGCACUAUUAUAAAAAAUUAUCGCCUUGUGAACUUGAGAUCCACAACUCCAGAGGAGCUGUACCAAAGAAAGAUUGAUAAUGAAGAAUAUGGGGAAGCUUUAUCACUGGCUCAAGCAUAUGACCUUGAUUCGGAUCUUGUUUAUCAGAGGCAGUGGAGGAAAUCGGCUGUUAGCAUUGCUUCUAUUCAGGAUUAUCUGAGCAAAAUUAAUAAGCGUUCCUGGGUUCUUCACGAGUGCUUGGAAAGAGUUCCUGAGAAUGUGGAUGCUGCUAAAGAAUUGCUGCAGUACGGCUUGAAGGGAACUGACCUGGAAGCUCUCAUUGCCAUAGGGAAAGGAGAAGAUGGCGGCAGAUUUAUAUUGCCAGGUGAUGUGGACAUUGACGGACUACUGUAUGAAGAGUUUUUAACUCCUGAGGAAGAAGCAGAAAGUAGGAAGGAGCGUGAAGCCAUGAAGCAUCAAGAACUUCUUCUAUCAGUAGACUUCUCUAAGUUAACUUUGGAACAGAAAGAACUUUGUCGUAGCAGGUUGAAACUACUAACUUAUUUGGAUCGUCUAGCAACAUAUGAGGAAAUACUUGGAGGCCCACAUGCUGCUGAGCAGAGAUACGAUGCUGAAUUCUUCAAGAAGUUCCGAAACCAGAAUAUUAUUCUUUCUGCAAGAACGUAUGCUCGGGAAAGCAACGUAAGAGCCCUGGAGAUUUUGUUCACAUACCAUGGAUCAGACUUGCUUCCCCAUCGAUUGGCAAUUCUCUCUAAUUUUCCAGAGACCACCUCUCCACAUGAAUAUUCCUUUUUGCUGCCUGAAGCUUGCUACAGAGAAGGGGUAUUGAAGAUUCUUCCUUGGAGUGAACAGAAACACAGGGAAGAAGACUGGUGUGAAAGGCCUCCAUGCAAGCUGACUGUUGAACCAGUUCUUCAAGAUGAGAGUGAUUUUUUAUAUGAAUCUCAGCCUGAACUGAUGAAAUACAAGGCUGCUGAGCUUUCCAUAAACCUGGUCACUGAUUGGUAUUGGGAAAGAGCAGAGGAGAUAGAAAACUAUUCUAUGCAGGUGGAUUGUGCUCUGUCUCUGGUUCGUCUUGGUAUGGAGAGAAAUAUUCCGGGCCUGCAUUCUCUUUGUGACAACUUGGUUACACUGGAGACACUAGUUUAUGAGACCGGAUGUGACGUAACUCUGACCCUGAAAGAUCUGCAACAAAUGAAAGACACUGAGAAGCUGAGACUGUUAAUGAUGAAUUCCUCAGAGGAAAGGUACGUGAAAAACGCUUACCAGUGGAUGGUUCCUUUCCUACACCGCUGUGAAAAUCAGUCUCCUGGGCUAGCUAACAAGCUUCUAAAAGAAUAUUUAGUAACUCUGGCGAAGGAAGAUCUAAAAUUUCCUCUGAAAAUCUUUGAGCAUUCAAAGCCAGCUUGUCAGCAAAAAAUAAUUUCAGAUCAAGACCUCUUGAUGAUUAUUGCAUUAGAAUGUAUCUAUGGCUGCAGAUGUGAUGACCAGCUUUCUCUCUGUUACGAUAUCUUAGAAUGUCUUCCUCAGAGAGGUUAUGGCCCUGAAACAGACAUUACUAAUAGUCUGCAUGACAAGGUUGAUGAACUGGAACAAAUUCUUAGUGUGUCAGAAAUUUUGGAGAAGCAUGGACUCCAGAAACCUGUAUCUUUUGUAAAAGACACACAGAACAGUCCGGAAGAAGCACGAAAGCUGCUGAUUAGAUUGACUAGGCACACAGGCCGCAAACAGCCUCCUGUUAAUGAGUCAUACUGGAUGGGAUUGUUGCAAGAUAUGCUGGACAUGCAGCAGAAUGUCUACACGUGCUUAGAACGAGAUACUUGCUAUGAGAUUUUUACUGAAAGUCUUCUGUGUUCAAGCCGGUUGGAAAAUAUCCACUUAGCUGGGCAAAUGAUGCAUUGCAGCGUUUGGUCAAUAGAUCCUCCAGUUAGUGUUGUUUCUAAAGGAAAACCACAGUACAGAGUCUGCUAUGAGAAAACCAUUGAAUUAGCUUUAGCUGCAAGUAGAGAAUACUUCAAUUCUUCUGCAAAUCUGACUGAUACCUGUAUGGAUUUGGCCAGGGCCUGCUUACAGCUCAUUACAGACUGUCCACCUGUUGUUCAGGAAGAACUGGAUCUCAUUCGUGCUCUUAGCUACCUUGAAGAAUUUGGCAUGAAAAUCUUGCCAUUACAAGUGCGCCUGAGCUCUGAUCGGCUCAGCCUUAUCAAAGAAUGCCUCUUGCAGCUGCCAAGCAACUACAGACAAUCUGCCAAGCUGUUGGAACUUGCUGAUUUGCUGAGGGUUGCAGGUGAUGACCAGAGUGAGAGAAAAGGAAAAGUUUUGAUUCUUUUAGUUGAACAAGCUCUACAACUUCAGGAUUACAAAGCAGCAAAUAUGCAUUGUCAGGAGCUUAUGGCUUCAGGCUAUUCUGAAAGCUGGGAAGUUUGCAGCCAGUUAGGACAAUCAGAAGGUUAUCAGGACAUGGCUGUUCGGCAAGAGCUCAUAGCCUAUGCUCUGACACACUGUCCCCCAAGUGCCAUAAAAUCACUUCUGGCAGCAAGCAGCUCAUUGCGAACUGAGAUUCUCUAUCAUGCAGUCAACUACCAGAUGCACCCAUCAGAAAAAGGAGAGAGCAUACAUACCUCCAGGCCUCCACUUGCAAGCAAAACAGAGUCUGCUCUGGAGGUUGAUACCAACAUUCCUUCUAGACAGUCUGCUGACCUGUUGCAAUGGACCACCGCUAAAACUAUGAAGGUCCUUUCUGACACGACUCUGACCACAAAAGCCAUGCUGCAUGCCGUCAGUGACCGACAGUGGUGGAAGAAGUCACUGACUUACCUUCGGCCGUUACAUGGACAAGAGUUUGGAGAUGUAUUGAAAACCACACCUGGUGCAAAUGCAGCAAUUGAAAAGCAAGGUUGUCAUCCUUUCUAUGAAUCUCUGAUAGACGAUCCAUACCUUGCAAAUAAUGAAGUUACUUAUACCACAUAUCAGCACAAUCCUUCAGAAAGCUUUGCAGAAGUGUUGCUGAGAACAGGAAAACUUGCAGAGACCAAGAGCGAAGGGCACGAUCAGUUUCCUGCCACAGAAGUGCUGUUACAGCUGGCCUGUGAAGCUUUACCAAAUGACAUGACCUUGUCUCUGGCUUACCUUCUUGCCUUGCCACAGGUGGUAGAUGCCAACAAGUGCUUUGAAAAGCAACCCCCUUCUGCGUUAUCUCUCCAGCUGGCAAGUUAUUACUAUAGCCUGCAGAUUUAUACUCGUUUGGCACCAUUCUUCAAGGACAAAUGCCAUCCACUCUACAGGGCUGACCCAAAGGAAUUAAUUCAACUGGUCACUGAGCACGUUACCCGGACAAGCUAUGCAGACUGGCCCGACGAGAUAGCAACACUGAUAAAACAUCUACAGUACUACAAUGAACGGCUCUUGGACUUCACUCAGGCACAGAUUCUUCAAGGGCUUGGCAAAGGGGUGGAUGUUCAGAGGUUUACAGCGGAUGGUCAGUACAAGAGGGAAACCAUAUUAGGCCUGGCAGAAACUCUUGAAGAAAACGUAUACAAGAUUGCUUUGUCCUUGGCUCAGCGUUACAGCGUCCCUCUCUGGGAAGUCUACAUGACACAUUUGGAAUUUCUUUUCAGUGAUAGUGGUUUAUCUACAGCUGCAAUAGAAGAAAGAGCACAAAGCCUUGGUCUCUUGAAGACUUUGAAAACCAUCCCAGAUGCUUUUCAUGAGCGUAUGGUCAAAUAUGUAUACCCUACUAUCGAAGGCAGAGAUCACCAGCGAUUACUGUAUUAUUUCAUGCUCCUUGAGAACUGCAGCUGUCCUGAAUUUGUGAAACAUGCCAUCAAGCCUGAAACUCAUAUCCGUCUGUUGAAAAAAUUCAAGGCAGUUGCACCGGGUCUUAAUUACAAAAAGCUAACAGAAGAAAAUGUGAACCCUCUAGAAGCUUUGGAUCCUAUCCUGACAAGUCAAAAUAUUUUAUCUAUUUCCAAGCUUGCUCCCAAAAUCCCAGAAAAGGAUGGAAGAAUGCUUGCCACCAGUUCUGUUUAUGCUGUAUGGUUAAAAAAAGUCUUCUGGAAUGGUGAUCCCCAUCUCAUUAAGAGAGCUCCAGAAACUAUACCUGAGUGGUUACAUGCAUAUGAUAUCUGUGCCAAGUACUUUGAUAGACUAAAUCCAGGAGGCAUUAUUGAGUUCAUGGAUGAAAUUACUUUUUCCUCAAAGGCUGUCAUUAAGCUGUCAGUUGACGCUCGGGUAGAGAUGACUAAGAAGGCUAUCAAGUCAGUGAAACAUAUUGCUGAGAAAGCUCGGAAGAAGAUCUCAGAGGGGGACGGUGCAGAAGGUGUCGCUAACAGGCAUCUUGCUGAUGAAGAUGCUCUGUCUCAUCUGCAGCAGUCACUUGCACAUUUGGAAACACUCAGCCACAGUUUUAUCUCUUACUUGAAAAACAGUGACCAGACUGUACUACAGGAAUAUGGACGUUUAUAUGAUCUAUCCCGGUCAGAAAAAGAGAAGAUCAGUGAGCAAGCCGUAACUAUGUGUAUAGAUGGCCAGCCCCUGAAUAUGAUACAGAAGUUACUGGAAGUUGCUGUUGGAAAUCUAGGGCUUUCUUCUAGAGAUACCGUACAAAAAGCUGUAACUAAAGUUGUAAAAGCUUUAAGCGGUGGUCAUGGCGAAUUCCCUAUCAAAAAAGAUCCUCUCCAGGUACUAGAAGGCAUUGUUUCUGCUGUCCACACAAGUGCUGAGAACGGGGAGAAUCUAGUUUCUUCUGAUGAUCUCUUAGACUGGCUUAGACCUUUCUGUGGGGAUGAUGCCUUGCCAGUGAAGCCUCGCAUUCAAGUGCUGCAGAUUUUGGAGCAAGCCUUUCACCUUAGAGAUGAAGACAACAAGCUGCUUGUGCUCUUCAGAACUCAAGCUGUACUCAAAGCCUGUUGGCCUCAGACUCAGGUAGAAAUAACAGAUAUUGAAAAUGAAGAAAAGAGGUAUUCGCUCAUCUUGCAGCUUUUGGACUCAAGUGAGAAACAUGAGGAAUUUCAACACUUAGUCAUGCUCCUCCAAGCUUGGCCACCUAUGAAAAGUGUGAACAUCACAUGUGCAAGUAAUAAUCCUUGGGUGAAACUGGGAAGUGCGAUGCUUGUGAAAAGUCUACCAGAGCAUAAGAAGAAUGUGGGGAAUGAGAUUCUAAAGAUCUGCAGGUCUUUAUAUGAGACGAAACACAUGCUGUCUGUAGAGUGUAUAAAAGACCUCUGUUUGCAACUGCUUAACCAGUCCCUUCUCCUGCCAUCCCUGAAGCUGCUUGUGGAAAGCAGAGAUCAAGAUCUUCAUGCUUUGGCACUGGAGCAGAUAGCAGCUGCUGCUAAGGUUGAUGAUUCUAACUGUGAUUCUGAACUCCUUUCCUUACUCUUGGAUGAGAAGUUGGUAGUGAGAUGCAUCUCCACUGUCAUCUACUCUCACCUGGUUCACCACUUGCUGGCCACGCAGGAGGAGGGCCGCUGGAAUAUAGAAGAAAUUGCAAAACAACUGCAAGAAGCAGGCUGCAGUGCAGAGGCAGGCUCCCUCUUGAUGGCCUACAGAGGGACACAUCCGGCACUCCGAACCUUUGGCGCAGCUCUGAGUGCAAUUAAGCACUGGAUCUAAAGGGCAAAGGAUGUCAGAUUAAAUUUACUAAAUUGUGUGCCAGAGCCAUGACUGCUCAUCUUGGCCCCCCUUUUGUGAUAGAAAUCAGCCUCAAAAUUAUUGAAGAGAAUGGAUAGAGCUUAUCUGCACUGCAUAAAGUGUUAACCUUUGCAUACUUAAAUACCUCCUUGUAGCAUUUCCAGUCCUAUCAGUAACCCUUGUUUAUGUGUACAAGAAAAAAGCUCAUGUCGAAAGGAUGCAAUGCCUUUGCUGUAAUGUAUGAAUGAUUCAUGUCGAGCAAUGUUUGGCAGAAUUAUUAAGCCAUGAUUACAGUUUCAGCUCAUGUAAAGUGAUGUUUGGCAGAAUUAUUAGUCAUGAUGCACACUUUCAGCUCAGGAUAAAAGUAUGAAUGUAACUGAAAUUGGACGCAAAAGAGAACUGACUUCCCCACUGGAACAGAAGUGUCAGAGAAGACCCACUUAAGGAAUCUUUGUGAGUU